UGUUGCUACUUCAUUGGCCUAAGCCAACAUCAAUCUGUUGAUUUCCAGGUCGCCCUCAAGUUUGAAACUUUUUUUUUCACAAGGAGUAGGAGGAGGAGGAUUCAGGUUACAAGUUGUAACCGAUCUCACGGGGCAGCAGAAGAAACACUCUUUCAAUAAUUCACACUUUGAUACUCGAAACAAGAAGGAGCUGCGGGGAGGGUGCUGCUUUUUUUAUCCGAUGAAAAACAAGCGAACAAACAGAAACAUGAAGUGACUUUCCCUGCGCUGCCAGGAUGAAAACUUGAGAUUUAAUUCCGAUUUAGGUGUCUUCUUGUCGGCUUACCUUUCUCCUGAGUCCCGCUGAGUCUUCACCAUGGACUCCUUCAGCACCAAGAGCUUAGCGCUGCAGGCGCAGAAGAAGCUGAUGAGCAAGAUGUCCACCAAGAGCAUGGCCAACCUGUUCAUCGACGACACCAGCAGCGAGGUGCUGGACGAGCUGUACCGCGUCACCAAGGAGUUCACGCGCAACCGCAAAGAGUCCCAGAAGAUCAUCAAGAACCUGAUCAAGAUGGUGGUGAAGCUGGGAGUUCUCUACAGGAACAACCAGUUCAACGGAGAGGAGCUCAUCCUGGUGGAGAACUUCAGGUAG